AUAUAUUUGCGUAACCCCAAACCUCCAAUGUAGUAAAAAUACCUUACUGGUGAAAACCAUCAUACUUGCAGUUUUAUGCAAAAAGUUUCUCGUCCAUGGAAGAAGCGCACGGACUAGGCAAAUGGGAAGGCUAUGUAGAUUGGAGAAACAGAACCGCCAUAAAAGGCCGUCACGGCGGAAUUCUUGCAGCCUUUUUCGUUUUAGUUGUGGAGAUAAUGGAGAACCUUGCAUUCUUAGCGAAUGCGAGUAAUCUAGUGCUUUACCUGUCAAAAUACAUGCAUUUCUCACCCUCCAAAUCAGCCAUCAUCGUCACAAAUUUCAUGGGCACAGCCUUCCUACUAGCACUUCUUGGUGGCUUCUUGUCGGACGCUUACUUCACCACCUAUCAAGUGUUCUUUCUUAGUGCAGUCAUUGAAUUUCUGGGUCUUUUAUUACUCACUAUACAAGCUCAAAUAGGGUCGCUGCAACCACCACCGUGUUCUCCGAGCAACACCACCGAUGGAUUAUGCGGAGGAGUCACAAGUGGCAAGGCGGCGAUGCUAUUCGUAGGUCUUUAUCUGAUUGCACUUGGUGUAGGAGGGAUUAAAGGUUCGCUACCACCACAUGGAGCGGAGCAGUUUGAUGAAAGUACCAAAGGAGGAAGGAAGAAAAGAUCAACAUUUUUCAACUACUAUGUAUUCUGUCUUUCUUGUGGUGGUUUAAUUGCUGUAACAUUUGUGGUGUGGAUUGAAGAUAACAUAGGCUGGCAAUGGGGUUUUGGAAUUGCCACUUUGACUAUAUUGCUAGCUAUACCCGUCUUUCUACUUGGAUCUGCUGCUUACAGGAUAAAAGUUCCUGCAGGAAGCCCUUUGACAGUUAUUUUUAAGGUUUUCACAGCAGCAAUUUGCAACAAGUGCUUCCCAAAGAAACCGAGCAAUGCUGUGAUGAACAUGGAAACAAGCCCUCAUACGGAAGCAAGCGGAACCACCCAAGAGGGACAAACAACUGAAACACCUGACCUUAAGUUCCUAAACCAAGCAGUGACCAACAAUCCAGUCCAUCAGACACUAGAUUGUUCAAGGAAACAAGUAGAAGACGUCAAAAUUGUGAUUAAAACCAUCCCUGUAUUUGCUUCCACCAUAAUGCUCAACUGCUGUCUUGCUCAACUCUCCACCUUCUCAGUCCAACAAGCCGCAACAAUGAACACAAAACUCGGUUCCUUAACAGUCCCACCAGCAUCACUUCCAGUGUUUCCGGUCAUUUUCAUCAUGGUACUCGCACCAUUAUACAACCACAUCAUACUCCCACUCUCAAGAAAAUUGACAAACACUGAAAUGGGCAUCACUUAUCUACAAAGAAUUGGUACAGGCCUCAUUAUGUCAAUUGUUUCAAUGGCAGUAGCUGCACUAGUGGAGACAAAAAGAAAGAAAGUUGCAGAAAAACAUGGACUACUAGACUCUCCUGAACCACUUCCUAUUACAUUUCUUUGGAUCGCGCUACAAUACUUGUUUCUUGGCUCGGCAGAUCUAUUUAGCUUGGCUGGUCUGUUGGAGUUUUUCUUUACUGAGGCUCCAAGUAGUAUGAAAUCAUUGGCUACAUCUUUCUCAUGGGCAUCCUUAGCAUUUGGGUAUUAUCUAAGCUCGGUUUUAGUAACUGUGGUUAAUCGAAUCACCAGGAUUUCAGGCCAUACACCUUGGCUUAAAGGAAGCAACUUAAAUCAUUAUCGCUUAGAAUGGUUCUACUGGUUGAUGUGUGUGUUAAGUGGAUUGAAUUUCCUGAACUACCUGUUUUGGGCUAGAAGAUAUAAGUAUCAAAAUCCAUGAAUCAAAGUUAAUGCUGAAUAAAUGAUUUGUAGUACUUAAUUAGAUCACUGAUAGCUUACCUGCUAGGACAAUUAUAUGAUGUAUUUAGGUAUCAUUGUACGUAUGGAGUUGCUUAAGAUUCAUUAUUCUGGCAUCUAAUCUUAUUUAAAAAGGUAUUGCUGAACA